GUGGAAGCGCCUUCGGUUUUGUGUAUCUUCGCUGCAUCGAACGAGCACAAGUGGAACGGGAAAGAGAGAGGGAGAGAAAAGCGGAAUUCAGGAUCCAUGGGACGGUGUUUCUCAUCUUCCAUCUCAGCAAGCAGUUAAAAGACGUUCAACGACCGUUCUGGAUGGCACGAUUCGGGGGUCUCAUCAUCCUAUUGCUGGCUUACACCGAUCUUAGCCGAGCGCAGGCAAAUAAUGGUUUUAGAAAUGGCCUGAGCAGUCCAAAUCACAGAAAAGAUGCCAGAUAUGGAAGACCUGUCCUUGCAAUGGCGAAUUCCCCGCGGUGUAUGUUUAAUGGAAAACCCGUGGAGGAUGGAAGGACGGUUUCAAGUCCUGAGCCUUGUCUCAAUUGCACAUGUAGUAAAGGCAUUCUCCUCUGUUACUUGCGCACCUGUACUACAGUCAUCCCUACUCCUGGAUGUCAGGUGAUAAGAAAGCCAGGAAAAUGUUGUCCCCAACUUGAGUGUAAAAGUUCUUCAACAGUAAACGAUUACAGAAUAGAAAGAACUAGUGAGUCAAGCUAUAAAUAUCGUUUAAGGCAAGAUGAAGGUAAUUUCUUUGGACUCAUAGGAAUGGAUCCUCGCACAGAAAAGACAUCUACCAUUAAAACCACCAGGAAACCUGCACCUAGCCAAUGGAGCAACCAUGAUAGCACUCAGUAUGCUUGGAAUUCUGAUUCCACAUCUGACAACGAGUUUCGUCCACCUUUGGCUCAAGAACAGGAUUACGUUGAAGAUGAAUUUUCACAAGACAAGAAUAAUUCAGCUGGAUAUUGCUUUUCCAAAGGAUACAAAUAUACUGAAGGUAUGGCCAUGCUAUCCCCAACUAAAUGUGAAUACUGCUACUGCAUUCGUGGACAGCAGAUGUGUGUGAGGCCAAAAUGUCACCUGAAUGUCGACGGUUGUGUGGCGCGGUACCAAAGUGGCUACACCUGUUGUCCAUCCCAUUACCAAUGUGAGAUAGCUGCUGAUAGCUCACACAGUAGUAACGAUGAUGGAAGCUAUACCUUGGAUUCCAUCAAAGGGUCAUCUUCUGCUCUUAGUAAAGUAACAUCGUGCAAUGUGGAAGGCUACGAUUUUGACGUAGGCGUUGCUGUUCCAAGUAAUGGCCAUUGCCAGACAUGCUACUGCACCCAGGUGGGAGUUGUCUGCCGGCGUCUCGAAUGUUCACCAAGUGUUCCUGGUUGUACACCCGUCAUUCCUGAAGGGCAUUGCUGCCCCACAGAAUACAGAUGCGAUCACAGGAAUGUGAACAACACACAAAUUCCGAUUUCACAUAGUACUGACAACUAUGAUGUAACUGUACUAUCACCAUCAGGAACUGAUAGCACUUCUUCGCAGCCUUCAGAAAUAGAUCAUUCUGAGUUGGUAACGCACAACUUUGAACAGAAAACUUCCACUUAUAGCGAUGAAAUCAACACAGCUACUGAAGCAGACAUUGAAAAGCAAAAAAUUACUGUCGAACUGUCGGAUGAUUCUAAUCUCGAGAGUAUAUCUGUAAUUCCAGAAGAAAACAUAGCAGUCCUUGUGCUUACAACAGAAAAUGAGGAUCAAGAGAGAGCUGAACCAACCGCAUCAUCACAAAACACCGAAGAAACAGACUCAUAUGAGGAUAUGAGUACCAGAUCUACCACUGCUUUACUAUCGAGUGCAAAGAAUAAAAAUAAAACAAUUCCUCCAAAGUCUUCAGGCACUAAAAUUAAAAAUAAAGACACUGUUUCUACGUAUUUCACUAGCCAAAAUACAAAACCAACGACAUCUGGAACAACCAAUAAUGAGCAGAUAACUGACAGGGUGGAUUACGGUGAUGAAGAAAAGGAUACUUAUGCUUAUGAUUAUGUAGAGCUGUACGAAGAUGUAACUCCAAAUGUACAAGAGACUUUUGCUCCGUUUGCUGAUUAUAGUGAAAUACCAUACGGUGAAAGACUUACUACAACAACAAAAGGUAUAGAUAGUACUACAACAGCUCAUUCUAGAUUAAAAACAAAAAAGAAAACGCAAACAUUUCCAUCUCAACAUCCAACGACACAAACUCUAAAGACGAGUACCACAAAACAAGGCAUUAUAAAUGAUGGAAUAACUGAAACUGAGCUAUUCGCUAAUCCAGAUUAUACAUCGACCUUCACUGGAACUGAGACUGAUCGAUAUACCUCUUUUAAUCCAACUAAGUACACAAUUUUCAGCACGGUUUCAGAUAGAACUCGAAAACCACCAGCAGCAGAAUUUACAAUGCCCUCAUUUAAAACAAAACAGAAAGUUACCCAAAUAUACAGACCAUAUAGACCAGAUUCAGCAGGAAUUCGUAAAGACGAUGUGGCUCCAACCACACAUUUCCGAGAUGAGACAAGCCGAUACAUCACAUCAUCAGGAACAAUAAAAUAUGAAACAGAUCCUUAUGACGCAACCACAAUAAAGAAAGACUACCCCAUUUAUGUAGAUGAAACAAAUACUCAGACAUUCAAACCAUAUUCACAAACCACGCAACCAAGUUCUAAAGCAACUAUAUAUCAAAAACAAAAACUACAAAGUUCAACGCAAGCAAUUUCGGGGUAUAAAACAAAAAAACCCUUGCCUCAAGAUAUCACAGACUUACUGUGGUCUAUUACUCAAUUGUACAAUACUCAAACAUCAGAUUCUUCAACAGAAACAUGGUUACCAACAACGAAAACUGUUACUCACAUGGAAAAAGUUUCAGGAAACACAGGAUUGUCUCAGGGAACUUUGCCGCCAAUAGCCCUUGCAGCACCAAAAUUAAUAGUAGAAGAAUCAACAGUUGAUACCAGUAUCGGGUCUCAAGAAACAGAUACUACUCAAAUCCCAACAACCCAAGCCAAAGAAAAUCUACCUUCUCCUAGUUUCAACUUUCAGUCUCCGGAAAUAAUAUUCUCCAAUCAUGGGCCAUCGUUUAAUCGGAGAAAAACUCCGAAUACCGAACUACCAGUCGUUAUAAACAACCACAAAAAGACAUCAACUCGAUUUAGACCUCCUGUUCGUCCUAGACCUCCAUCAACACCUUCUGCACCUCAAACUACAUUUGUUGAAAUCUCAAAUCAUCGUCCAACGAAUUCUUUCAGGAGACCUCCUGGAAAGUUUCCUCCUUAUCCCAGUUAUGGAUUUAGGCAUGAACCCGAUUCUCGCAGAAAACCUAGCCCUAGAGAUCCUCACCACAAAUUCCACAGAUUAGCUCCUGAAAGUUAUCCUGAACUGUCUGAAGAUUACGAAGAUUAUUACUAUGAAAGUGAACAAAAUGGAGAACCAACAACUAAAGUGUUUUCCAACAUCCAAGAUAUAAAAUCUACAUCCAUUGAUAAUUUUCAAAUACAUCAUUCUGGAAAUGACGAUACCACAAAAUCUGAAAUAUAUACAAACAGCUAUAACUUUGUGAACAAUAUGACAGAUUCUACACCUGAAACCUUUGAAACUUUAUCUGAAAUCAGCUCAGUUUCAAAUACUUAUCAAGAAAAAACAACAACAGAAGUAAGCAUUGAAAACCUCAAUUCUGUUAAAGCUGAAAAUUCAGAUGAUGUUAUCGGUCGGUCGUCUGAAGUUAAGUAUGCUUUGAAAGCAGACGCUUCAGAGGAAACAGUAACUCCACACAUUACCACGACAAAAAUACCAACUACUUUUCAGGCUUCUACAACAAACUCUGUUUCCGUUUAUACAACUGGGAAGCAAACUGAAUCAAAUGGUUUUAGCGAGGAAGAGAGUCUCUCUAGAACCGAAUAUGAAAAUAAAAAUGUAGUCUCUAAGUUUGCUGAAAACCGCUUUACAAAUUUCGAUGGAAUUCCAACACAUUUCGAAGAGACAAAUAAAAGAACUGGCUCUCCAGAUACUGAAUCCAGUCGUCCUACAGCUCCUACUCGACCAACAUCACCCCCACUUCCCAUCAAGUCAGUCCACUCAGAGGAAGACUCCCAAGAAAUUUCAGAUGUCUGUUUCGUAGAUGGUCGCUAUUACACUAGCGGUGAGAUAAUAGUAAAGAGUAAUCCAUGUGAAAUGUGUCGCUGCUUCUAUGGACACCCAUUGUGCCAAGUUCAACAAUGUCCCUCACCUCCUGAUCCAUCCUGUAUGCUAGAAUACUUACCAGGCUAUUGUUGUCCAAGAGUUACUUGUGGAAUAAAAUCAGACUCCGAGGAAAUACCACGCGGAAUGGAUGUUCCUGAGCCAACAAGUCAAGAAAUUCAAACUCCUAUUAUCACAAUGGACAAUCAGUGGAAACCUUUACCUCAUGGUCCUAUUGUAAGACCAAGUGAUAAGGUUCAUAAAAUAGAGCAACCAACAUCGGAAAAUGAAAAGAUAGAAGAGAAUUCAAACAACCAGGAUUUUAGUUCGGAAAAGAAUGAAGAAAGUGUAAAACUACCUGAAGAUAAUACAGUUGUAAAAGCUGCUGAGAGUAAUAGUGCUCCUGUGUCGUCUGAAGAACAAACAGCUCAUGUGGAACUUACUACCACCUCUUCGGCAAUAAUCACCACCAUCAUCUCCGAUGCAGCAACUGCGAGUCCUUCACCCAUCUUAGCAACAACAGAAGACAGUGGGACUACUUCUGCACCUACCACAACCACAACAAUGACAACAAACAAGUCUUUAGAGCCUAUCUUCAACCACACUGCGAGCGAAAAAGAAAACAUUUCAAAGAACAAAUCAGGAAUCCAUGAUAAUUCCAGUGGAGUCAGAAAGAUUUUGGACGAAGUAGUUACUCUGCCUCCAUCAAAGGUGGCCUUGUCUCCUUCGGGAGAUGCAAAUAUAAGCACAGUAUUACCCAUCAUUCCAACAGUGCAAUCAACAACAGGCUCCACGAUUUCCCCUGAUGAUGAAUUGGAGACAAUGCCUAAUAUCGUUCUGGGAGACUUGCCUGCUGAACUAGGAGGCAAUCUUAAGGUCUCAGGUUGCAAUGUCUACGGAAAAUAUUACAAAAUAAAUGACAAGGUAACAGUUUUAAGUAAAAAGUGCAGUGAUUGCAUCUGUUCGGCGGACGGAAUUGCCUGUAACGCCACCUGUUGAUAAGAAACACGACUAUUUGAAAUGAGACAUAUGGCAUUUGGAUCAAAGAAUCUCUAAGGAUCUCUUAGAGAUUCUUUGUUUGGAUACUGCUUCUUCUUGUUCUCAGAGCGUGCUUCACGCGCUGAACAAAACUGUGAUUCUGAAAUUAAAAUGUCCGUUAGCGAGGCUGGAUGAUUGGGUAAUUUAUUAACUGCCGUUUAAAUUGUAUUAUAUCUGUAGAAAUAAUGAAUGGUUGGACACCUUGGUUUUAACUAUCGAAGAGACAAUUGUUGAACGGCUUAUUUCUGUUCCCUACCCUUUUAGCAGUUUACAAAUAAAGAUGUGUGAAAUACUUUGUUUUACAAGAUACUAUUUUACAUUUUAUAUUUAUUCAUGCCUUCCUUCAUUGUGUUCAAUAGUUCAAAUUUUUGCAGCUGUUUCAUUAUGCAAUAGCAGAUGCGUUAUUGUUUAUAGUUCUUUCUUUACUUGAAAAAAUACUAUGGCAUCUAAAUCUUGCUUUAGAAGAAUUGGAGAAAUGUAAUACCUUCAUUUCAAGUUUAUCUGUCAGAAGUCUAUUAUAUAUAUUUAUAUGACUCUUACAUGCUGUGCUAUUUUUAUCUUUUAUUAAAAAGAAAAGGCAGGAAAGCAAAACGCUUCUGAAAUUUUAUAUUUUAAAAUAAAGACUCAUUUUAUCUUAAUUGAUUAGAAUGUUUUAAGUGCUUACUUCGGAUUCCAUAUUCUGUUCCGUUAUCCUGAAAGUUAAAUUUUUAAGUAAUUAAAAACCUUACAAAUAUAUAAAUUCAUGAAAGUCCAUGUUAACGAAUGAAAUUAGUAACAUGGAUUAAAUAUAUUGAGCAUUUGUUACCUAAUGAAAUUUAUACAGCGUGAAUUCGAGAAUUAUUUUAAUUAAUUUUUUUAUUUAUUAUAAAAUUAAAUACGAAUUUCAGAUUGUAAGAAGUCACAUUUUUAUACAUAUAUUUCGGUUUGUAAGAAUAUAUUCUAAUAUGUUGACAUAAUAUUACAUUAGCAUAUCUCGCUUCUUAUAAAUCAGGAUCUCAUAAAAUUUCAGAUUUUUAUUAACUAAUAUACUUAUCAUAAAAGUUAUCACUAUAGUUGUUCAGUAUUUUCUUACGAUGUGUAAAAGAAAUAUUAGCUACAUCCUGUCUACAACGGAUUUGCCAUUGCUUGCGCUUGCUGUUUCCAGUAAAUCAAGUGUUCUACAUGCUUUAUCUACUUUUAUGAUGUUCUAAUAAAUUUUGUUAAUACAUUUCUGAUUCUAUUAAUACAUUUAGUAAAAGAAAGACAAUCACAAGAUUCGAGUUCUUCAAUUUAAAAAAAAAAUCGAAAAAAAAAAAAAAUAUGUAGAGACAGUAGGUUUAACUAAAACUGAAACAUAACAUGAGGUAUUUUUGUACACUUAUCCAUAAUAGGAAUAAAAACACGAAUUCAAAUGCUUAAAAAGAAUAAUUAUUUUUUUCAAUACAAAAGAAAACUAUUUAUGUUCAUAAUUAUAAUCCUUAUUCAAAUGUGACAAUCACCUAAAUUUGAUUACAAUAGUUUUCUUCCAGAUUUCUCAUUUAUCAACCUUCUCAUUUAUCAACUGCUCAUAUAUUGUGCAUAUUUAGUCUGUUACAGACAUCUUUGCCUUAAAAUUAAUUUAUUAUUUUGUAUUUUAUGCAUUGGUAAAUUCGUUAAGAAAUAAAAAUUUAUGACAUUGUUCAUGCUUCAAAUUUGCAUUUGUUUAGAACUCUUAGUUUUGCUUUUAGAAUGCGUACUGGUUAUAAACACAGUAUGUAUAGUUUAUUUUAGAAAAGUUCUAAUUUCUGUAACUUAUUAACACUUUUAUUUUUUAUGAAUAUUUAUUAUCACACAUAGAGACAUAUCAACUUCUGUUAACUAUCUGUGGUUUACUCUAAUAAUCCCUUCAUGUAAAAUUAAAUUUCAUUAAUUGAUAAUGGAAAGAAAGUCAUUAAAUUAGGAAAAGUUUAGUAAGUAAAUUCAUAUAACCUCUUUCGACAUUAAUUAAACAAAAUAUGUUUUUAAAUGUAUAUAGUCCUAUUUGUUUUUCAUUAUCAUUGUAUGUAUUCAAAUAAAAUCUUUUCAUCUUACAA